AUGGCCUUAACAAAAUCAAGUAAACUUCCUCAAAAAGCACUUCUUAAGCAGAUUCUGAAGAGAUGUUCGAGUUUAGGGAAGAAACAGUGUUAUGAUGAUCAAGGGCUUCGCUUGGACGUUCCCAAAGGUCACUUUGUUGUGUAUGUUGGAGAAAACAGAAGCAGGUACAUUGUUCCAAUUUCUGUUCUAAGUCGACCAGAGUUUCAAACGUUACUCCAUCAAGCAGAAGAAGAGUUUGGCUUUGAUCACGAAAGUGGUCUCACAAUCCCUUGCCAUGAAGAUGUUUUUGAGUCUCUUAUUUCAACCAUGCUCAGAUGA